AUGGCGCCACCUAAGAAGUGGGAGGACGACUCGGAGUCAGAAGAAGAGACUUCAUCGGGCGAGGAGUCUGUCGACCUGAAGACCGUAAAUGUACCUAUUCGAAAGAAAUUCGACGAUGAAGAAGACUCUGACGACGUCGCCGACAAUUGGGAUGAGGCCGAGGACUCAGAAGAAGAACGAAAGAAAGCAUCUGCUGCCGCGGCUGCAAAGGCCAAGGCCGACGAGGAAGCAGCAAAGAACAAGAAAUCCAAGGCACAAAGAGUAGAGGAACACAGAGAAGCCAACAGACGAAAGAAAAUGGCAGAGAUGGACGACGAAGAAUCGGAAGAAGAAGACGAAGCCACACGACGAGAGAGGUUACGCGCAACCGAAAAGGAAGCCGACAUGAAACACGCUGAAGAUUUACUGGCUGCUGGCUUGGGACAGAGCAAGAAGGGCGCAAAGGCGAUAGUCGUCGAAAGCCAGGACAAACCAGGCGAGGCCAUCGAUCUUUCCAGUAUACCUCUUUUCAAGCCUGCGACCAAGACCCAGUUCGAAGCGCUCUCCGAAGUACUGGUUCCGUUGCUGCGUAACUCUUCCAACAAGCCACACUACUCGAUAUGGAUGCAGAAUUUCGUCAAACAGAUAUGUCAGGACAUGCCUAGUGCAGAGAUUAAGAAGGCAGCUAGCACGCUGACUGCACUCAGCAACGAGAAGAUGGCGAAGGAGAAAAUGGCAGACAAGACUGGAAAGAAGACCAAGGCUCAGCAGACGAAGACGAAACUUGCUGGUGUGAGCCGAGGAGGUGCGACGGAUACGACUGCUUAUGAGGAUGGGUUGGCGGAUGACGAUUUUAUGUGA